CUAUAUCCUUGUGCUGAGCAAGCGUGGAAAAUUAUCAUCCAAGAAUAAGUACCAGCACCUAGCCAGCUCUGUAGAGCAUCAUCAUGCAUCGUCAUCGCGCACGGUUCUUGCCCUUCAUUUUCUUCCCCAAUACACUGGCCUGAUUAAUUUGGUCGCUCUAAAGGUUACAUAUUUUUCUACUAGUUUACAAGGCCGGGAAGGGAAGCUGCACCGAUCUCUAGUAAGUCCAUAAUCUCUUUGGUGUAAUACCAGCUGAAACUUUCUAUGAUGGAUGCAAGUCAUGGUAAUGAAGAUUAUACAGUAGCUCUGUAUGAAGCCUCACUUGAUGGGUCUGUAAGCACCUUGGACACUUUGUUGCAAAAGGAUAGGCUCAUUCUUCACAAACUCUCACUCACAUCCUUCACCGAAACCCCCUUACACAUAGCAGCUUUACUUGGCCACCUCCAAUUUACUAAUGCUCUUCUAAGAAGAAAACCACAACUUGUGGAAAAGGUGGACUCAUCAGGCCGAACUGCCCUUCACUUGGCUUGUGCAGAGGGCCACACCCAGGUUGUGAAAGCAUUGUUGCAAGCCAAUAUCGAUAUGUGCUUAGUUUCUGAUCAAGAGGAGAGAAUUCCUCUCCACUUAGCCGCAAUGAGAGGACACGUAGAAGUUAUAAAAGAAUUGCUUAUUGCCCAUCCACACUCAUUCUCUCGGGUGAAUAUGUAUGGGGACAAUGUUUUACAUUUGUGUGUUCGGUAUAAUUGUUUGGAUGCUCUGAAAUUAUUGGUGGAGUCCGUAAAUGAUGAAGAUUUCGUCAACUCCAAAGACAAUGAUGGUAACUCCGUAUUGCAUUUAGCUGUGAUGCUCGGGCAAACGAAGAACAUAAAAUACUUACUUUCGAUACCAGAAUUAAAAAGAAAGGUCAAUGCCAAAAAUAGGAUUGGCAACAUGACAGCUUUGGAUGUCUCAGAGACUUGUCAUAGAGAUUUCAAAUGUAUUCAAAUCCAAGACAUUCUAAAGGCAGCAGGUGUUAGAAGAUCCAAGGAUCUAAACUCUCCUCUACUACCAACAUUACAUGAUGAGGAAGCACAAUUAGCUCAAUCCAUUAUUGAAGAACAGCCGGCUGAUCUAUCGAGGUUUAGGAAAUGGUGGAGAUACUUUUAUUUGUGUCGAUGGGUUAAACAUUUGCAGAGUCAGGGCAAUUGGAUCGAUGAGACACGUGGCACAUUGAUGUUGGUGGCCACUGUGAUUGCAACUGUGACUUUCCAAUCUGGGAUCAACCCACCAGGUGGUGUUUGGCAGCAAGAUUCGAAAAAUGGUGAUAUUGCAGCAGGCACUUCAAUAUUUCUAUCUCAGAACUCCAAUGAUACUGAUUAUUAUUACGAAUUAUUCUUGUAUUUCAAUACCACCUCUUUUGUUGCAGCUCUAAGCGUUCUACUUGUGGUAAUUAGUGGAUUUCCUCUGAGAAACAAGUUUUUCAUAUGGUUUUUGACCUUAACCAUGUUUAUUGCAAUCUGGGCAAUGGCAUUGACCUAUUUCAGGGCAGUGGAUUUGGUGAACCCGACUACCUAUUUUCAACGGCCACGCUAUAUACCCAUUUGGUCUGUAGUGUUUGUGGUUGCUGGUGCGAUUCACAUAAUCCGCCUAUUAUUUUGGAUAGGGAAGUUGUUCUUCAAAUUCAAGCGCUGGUUAAUUAUUACCAAGCAUCCAGCAAACGAUGCCAUCGACGUCUGAAAGAAAAUUUGUCAUAGAAGUUGAAAUGAUUUUAGAUCAUGCUGGAUGCAUAUCUUUGUUCUAUACAUAUGUGAAUUAAGCAGUUUGCUGCAAGGAAUGGUUGCAUUUACUGUUUGUUAAAUUCUGUUGGCUCUACUGAUCUAAUGAGUAUUGGGUCAGAUAUUGUAUAGUACUAUUGUAUGGAUUUCGGUACGUAUUGUCUGUUUCUGCUGGGAUUCGGAUGAAAUAAUACCUUGAAAACCCAAUAUGUCGACACUUUUUUAAAAGCAAAAGUUGUUUCAUUGUUUGAGAUUUAUUAUUAA